UUCUUAGAGAAAGAAGAACCCCAAGUGUUUUGCCGUCAGAGAACCACGGACACACACGGACGGCUUCUGGUAAUAAUGUCUUCUGUUAUAGAAGAGCAGCACCAGAAAUCGAUUGAGAAGCUGCAGAUUUAUCCGACAGCUAACUCUGGUGUUUCUCCUUUUUGGCGAGAGAAGUAUGAAAGGGAUGCUAAAAAGGAUUGGGAUAUAUUUUACAAGCAUCAUGGAGACAGAUUUUUCAAAGACCGCCACUACCUGGACAAGGAAUGGAACAGCUAUUUUUCUGUCAGUGGAAAAAGAGUCAUUCUUGAGGUUGGCUGUGGAGCUGGAAACACCAUAUUUCCUUUAAUUGCCACAUAUCCAGACAUUUUCGUCUAUGCAUGUGAUUUUUCACCACGAGCUGUCGAGUUGGUCAAGGCUCAUGAUGAAUACACAGAGACGCGCGUGUGUGCAUUUGCUUGUGACUUGACGGGGGAUGGUCUUGACAAUCAUAUUUCUCCAUCUUCAGUUGAUAUUGUGACCAUGAUAUUUGUAUUAUCUGCGGUAUCACCAGAGAAGAUGCCCUUAGUAUUGCAGAAUAUUAGGAAAGUACUUAAGCCGAAUGGGUGUAUUCUCUUCCGUGACUAUGCUGUUGGUGAUCUUGCUCAGGAGAGGUUUUCUGGGAAGGAUCAGAAGAUCAGCGAGAACUUUUAUGUCAGAGGUGAUGGCACUCGUGCAUUCUACUUUUCUAAUGAAUUCCUAGAAACUUUGUUUUCCGAACAAGGAUUUGAAGUUGAGGAGCUUGAUGUUUGCUGCAAACAAGUCGAGAAUCGUUCACGUGAACUGGUCAUGAAUCGGCGCUGGGUCCAAGCUACAUUUCGUCUAUCAAACGACAAGAAAAACCCUACCAAACUAGACAACUCUGAACAACAAAGUAACAACAAUCAGCUUAAAUCUGAGGAGCAAGAAAGAAAAGAGAUUGUUGAUAAUACCGACAUUGACAUAUCCGAUGGGCUGGCUAUGGAAAUGUUUGGAGCCUCUCCAUCAAGUCAUGAGAUGAGCGUGGUUAAGCUUAGGGAUUCUGCAUUUAAAAUCAAACAUUUGUCCAAAGAAUAUCAACAUACAUGCAAAUCUACGGGGUUGAUGCUAUGGGAGUCAGCUCGGCUUAUGGCUUCUGUUCUUGACAGGAACCAAAACAUUGUUUCUGGAAAACGGGUGUUGGAAUUGGGUUGUGGCUGCACAGGAAUAUGCUCGAUGGUAGCUGCCAGAUCAGCUAGCCUUGUGGUAGCUACCGAUGCAGAUACAAAGGCACUAACGCUAUUGACGGAGAACAUCACAAUGAACCUCCAGUCUUGUUUACUUGGGAAACUGAAAACAGGUCUACUUGAAUGGGGAAACAAAGAGCAUAUACAAGGCAUCAAGGGUUUGGCAUGUGGUGGAGGCUUUGAAGUUAUAAUCGGGACAGAUGUUACCUAUGUAGCUGAAGCCAUUAUUCCUCUGUUUGAAACCGCAAAAGAACUGCUGAUGUUACGGGAAACGGAGGGGAAAGAAAAGCCGGCAUUGAUUCUAUGCCAUGUUUUCAGAAGGGUUGAUGAACCUUCUCUCCUGUCAGCAGCAUCUAAGUUUGGGUUUAAGCUUGCAGACAGAUGGGCUGCUGCAAAUCCAAAGGAAUCUCCUCCUAUUGGCAACUUCAUUGACAGUUGGUUUUCCGAAAAGGAUUUGGUCGCGGAAAUCCCGACUUCUGCGUUGCAUAUUCUCUACUUUCAAAUGGAGUAGGCUAUGGGUUGGGUGGAGAAGCAUAUGUUGAUUAGAUGGAUUUUUUUUCUUUUUCUCAUUGCUUGCUUCUCAAUCAAUGAAUGUUAUACAUGUACUCUUAAUCAGUGGACUGCGUUGGGUGUGAUCUUGUUCUUGGUAUCCUGUAAGAAUCUGACCGAUAUUAGCAGUGACUUUUUUGUUUGGGUAUAAAAAACGAAUACAAAAACAAAAAAAAAAGUGCAUUAAUAAGGGAUGAGGGGGCUUUUUGUAA